UGAGAUUACUCCCAGCCACUAAGGACGAAGAGGUGGGGCGGUGGCGUCCCACGCACCGUGCGACAGUGGGCGGUGCUCUGUUGCCUGAGUAACCGGAUGAUGGUGUUGGUGGUGGUGUCUUCCUGUCUCAACGAUACCUAUUUUCUAGUGCUGAGAUCCUGAGACAAUGCACCCUGAAUUCCACUGAUGCUACUAAGUCUCUAGAGUAAUGAAACAGAAAAUUCAGGAUCCUUGAGGAAUCACCAGUGCAUAUCGCCAGUCAUCUUCCGCAGUGGCUGAACUAAUUUACAUUCCCACCAACAAUGUAAAAGCGUUCCUGUUUCUCCACAGCCUUGCCAGCCCCUUGUUUCCUGACCUUUUAAUCAUCAUUCUAACUGAGUCAUAGUGAAAGAUUCGUUUUCAUUGCAGAGUGGUAUGAUCCAAAUGCUUCACUUCUUCGACGUUAUGAGCUUUUAUUUUACCCAGGGGAUGGAUCUGUUGAAAUGCAUGAUGUAAAGAAUCAUCGCACCUUUUUAAAGCGGACCAAAUAUGAUAGCCUGCACUUGGAAGAUUUAUUUAUAGGCAACAAAGUGAAUGUCUUUUCUCGACAAUUGGUAUUAAUUGACUAUGGGGAUCAAUAUACAGCUCGCCAGCUGGGCAGUAGGAAAGAAAAAACGCUAGCCCUAAUUAAACCAGAUGCAAUAUCAAAGGCUGGAGAAAUAAUUGAAAUUAUAAACAAAGCUGGAUUUACUAUAACCAAACUCAAAAUGAUGAUGCUCUCAAGGAAAGAAGCAUUGGAUUUUCACGUAGAUCACCAAUCAAGGCCCUUUUUCAAUGAGCUGAUCCAGUUUAUUACGAGUGGUCCUGUUAUUGCCAUGGAGAUUUUAAGAGAUGAUGCUAUAUGUGAAUGGAAAACACUGCUGGGACCUGCAAACUCUGGGGUGGCACGCACAGAUGCUUCUGGAAGCAUUAGAGCCCUCUUUGGAACAGAUGGCAUAAGAAAUGCAGCGCAUGGCCCUGAUUCUUUUGCUUCUGCUGCCAGAGAAAUGGAGUUGUUUUUUCCUUCAAGUGGAGGUUGUGGGCCGGCAAACACUGCUAAAUUUACCAAUUGUACCUGUUGCAUUGUUAAACCCCAUGCUAUCAGUGAAGGACUGUUGGGAAAGAUCCUGAUGGCUAUCCGAGAUGCAGGUUUUGAAAUCUCAGCUAUGCAGAUGUUCAAUAUGGAUCGGAUUAAUGUUGAAGAAUUCUAUGAAGUUUAUAAAGGAGUAGUGACCGAAUAUCAUGACAUGGUGACAGAAAUGUAUUCUGGCCCUUGUGUAGCAAUGGAGAUUCAACAGAAUAAUGCUACAAAGACAUUUAGAGAAUUUUGUGGACCUGCUGAUCCUGAAAUUGCCCGGCAUUUACGCCCUGGAACUCUCAGAGCAAUCUUUGGUAAAACUAAGAUCCAGAACGCUGUUCACUGUACUGAUCUGCCAGAGGAUGGCCUAUUAGAGGGUGUCCAGACACCGGUGCACACAUUCCUACCCAAGGGCUUGAACUGGCACAGCCCUGAAGAAGUUGGCACCCACUCUGGCAGUCAGUGGGUCUGGCCUAGUGGAAGGAUCAUCACAGGCUUCAGGGGCCUGGACCAUCGGCGGGGACUAGCAGAGGUCAUCUCUUCCAGCCUCCUGCCCUCAACCGAGUCGAGCUCUGAGCCCUGGGUUACCCAGGGCCACCCUGGAUUCAUUGGAAUUCCUCCACCGCCAGUAGGUCAAGUUCUGUAGAGGUCUGAAGAUGGUGGUGAGCAGAGGGGAGUCAGGAGAGGGUGAAGAGGGUCGCAGUUCUACCAAAGCCUUGUCCAGUCAUCCUCCAUCCCCUCGAGGCCUCUUCCCUGAUCUCCCACUCCAUCCUGCCACUUCACUGAUUUCAUCAGCUGCCCCUCAAGCACCCGGGACUCAGGGGUGGUUUUGUCUUCCACGGCCUUGGUGAAGGGCUGGCCAGGAUCUGCCGCCGCACCUCAUCCUGCACCAACUCUGCCUUCCUGCCUAGAGCAAUGGGGGUGGAGAUGGCAUCAGCCUGGGCCCCCUCUCCUGGAAGCCCUGGGGUGGGACUCAUACCCAAGCUCUAAUACUGCCAUCCAGCAGUCAGCCAGCGUUGGUCUAAGGGCCAAUCCCUUGCUGCCUGUUUUUGUGCGGCCCAUGAGCUAAGAAUGGCUUUCACAUGUUUCAAUCGUUGAAAAACAUCAAAAGUAGAAAAAUAUUUUGUGACACAUGAAAAGUAUGUGAUAUGCAAAUUUCAAUAUCCAUAAAUAAAGUUUUACAGGAACAUAGAGGGGAAAAGGCUUUUAUUCUUUUAGUGUAGCGUUUUAUGUAUGAAGAGCAAAUUAUAUUGCCUUGCAAGAAAUUCAAAGGUCAGUACCCAGGUGCUAGCGUCUGCACCGUGCCUAUCUGAACUUGCUCCUCUUUUUUUUUUUUUCCUUUUCCACCUCUCUUCUCAUCAUAUGAACCCUCUUGUCUGUCACCUGGCAAUACAAUUAAACUCAUGAGUGAUUCCCUUUUGUAGCUGAAGUUUGAGAGGCAAAAGCCAACUGGUUAAUAGAAAGGAAGUGAGAAUGCAUGUUUUUUCUAGACAACCAAAAUAUCCCUUUGCCUACUGUUUAUUCAAAACAAAUAAAAUCAAAAUGUUGUUCCAUCACCACUAAGCAAUGCUUGUCUCUAUUUUGUAGGCAUUUACUGUGAUGAUCUUCAGUAACGUUAAUAUAUUAAAAGAUCAUAAUAUAAUAAUAUGUGAUCUUUUAUCAUAAUGGAGAAAUUAAGGGGUUAGGUUAGCAAGGGCCCUUGAAAUCCAGAGAGAUACUAGCAACUAUUUGUCCAUUAAUUGCAACAUAUUCAUAAUACACCUUACCUUUUUUAUAACAAGUAUCCAGAUAGACUAGCUUGCCCUUAGACUCUUAAAUAUAUUUUUCUCAGCUGUCUUAUAGAGCACAAAAAUAUUUGUUAUGGGCUUAAUAUGCACACACACACACAUUCACACAUACAGAGUAAAUUAGAGACAAUAUAUAUACAAAUUGUAAACUGGAGACAGAGUCUCGCUCUGUCACCCAGGCUAGAGUACAAUGGUGCAAUCACAGCUCAAUGCAGCCUCGAAUUCCUGUACUCAGGCAGCCCUCCUCUGUCAGCCUCCCAAGUAGCUGGGACUACAGGCAUGCACCACCAUACCCAGCUAAUAAAAUAAGUAUUUUAUAAUUGAAUGAAAGUGAUUAAGAAUCAUGAAGGGACCCAAAGUCAUAAACUAGAAAAAUGUUAAAAGACUGGCUCAUAUCCGAACUGUAUAGUCCGAAUUCAAUAGGUCAGUAUCACAGUAGUCUCCCCUUAUCUGCAGUUUUGCUUUCCAUUGGUCCCAGUUACUCUCAAUCAACUGUAGUUCAAAAAUAUUUAAUGGAAUAUUCCGGAAGUAAGCAACUCGUAAGUUUUAAAUUGCACACCAUUCUGAGUAGCAUGAUGCAAUCUCAUGCUCUUCUACUUUGUCCCUUCUUCAUCACAAGAAGGAUGAAUACAGUACUUAAGAUGUUUUAAGAGAAAGACCACAUUCACAACAUAACUUUAAUUAUUGCAUAUUGUUAUAACUGUUCUAUUUUAUUACUGUUUUUGAUCCCUUAACUGUGCAUAAUUUAUAAAUUCAACUUUAUCAUAGUUAUGUUUGUAUAAGAAAAACCAGUAUAUGUAGGGUUUGGUACUAUAUGUGGUUUCAGGUAUCUGCUGGGGGUUUGGGAUGUAUCCCCUAGGGAUAAGGGGGAACUACUGUAAUAACCAAAUAUAAUCCUCUAGCAGUAGAGAGAAAUGUAUAACUAAAAUAUUAACCUCUCUUAGUUAAAUAUUAUUAUUUUUGAGACAGAGUCUUGCUCUGUCACCCAGGCUGGAGUGCAGUGGCA